GAGGAGAUGGAGAAAAGAGUCCAGAGUCUGCAGGAACACAGGAGGAAAGUAGAAGAAGAAGCAGUUGGUGACACCAAGAGAGUCAUUGCCCUGUUUAAAGAUCUCAGGAGGUGGCUGGAAGACCUGGAGAAGAGAGUCCUGAGGGACAUCUCCGGGAGGGCAGAGCGGGUCUCCAUCUUCAUCCGGGAUCUGGAAAUAAAGAAGGAGGAUCUGUCCAGGAAGAUGCGUGACAUUGAGGAGAUGUGUAACAUGACGGAUCCACUGACUGUCCUACAGGAAUCAGACACAGGUGACUUGUGUGAUACUGAGGAUGGAGAUAAUGAGGACAGAGAGAGACAUGAGGAACUCCUCCAUGAUGGAGGGGGGCUGGAUAUGGCUGGAAUCUUAAAAGAGGUAAAUAUAGCCUUCUAUAUACAGAAACCUGCAGACAUAUUACUGGAUGUGAACACAGCUGGCAAUAAGCUACAUAUAUCAGUUGACGGGAAAACUGCAUCCUGGUCAGAUAGAAACCAGAAUCGCCCAGAAACACCAGAGAGACUUACAGAUCAUCUUCAGGUAUUGAGCAGGCAACGUUUCUCAUCAGGUCAACACUACUGGGAAGUGAAUGUGGAGGGAUCAGAUUGGUGGAGAGUUGGAAUGUGUUACCCCAGUAUGGACAGGAAAGUUUUGCAGGCAGGAUUAGGAAGGAAUGACAAGUCCUGGGGUUUGCUGAGGUCUAGAAAUCAGUAUUCUGUGAGACAUGACGGUAAAGAGAUCCCCUUAUCUACAAACAUCCCCAGUACCAGAGUCAGGAUAUAUCUGGAUUAUGAGGCCGGCCGGAUCUCCUUCUAUGACCUGUGUGACCCAAUCCGACACCUCCACACCUUCACCACCACCUUCACU